ACGGUACACUAUACGAUCAGGACUGGAAGAGUAAACACGAACGCAACAUUUGGGCUGUUGAGUUGAGAAACUACUCAAGGCUACCAGAAUCCAUUGAAAUUCGAUGUAUUGGAGAAAUUUGAUUUUAUAGCCUAAAUUUUAGUUAAAACCGCGUGCACAUUAUUUUGGAUUUACUUAGGGGAACACGGACAGCAAAAUGGUUAAUUGUGAUGAUUGCAGUUCACGCGUUCCAUAUGGAUCGAUGUUUGCUACUGUCCUCUUAUGUACGGGAAUUGGAUUUUUUACUGGUGCUUCCUUGGUCGGGAUCUCGGAAACUGAAGAGAUGUUUGAUCAAACAUCGAUAAAAGAAGAUAUGGAUACGUUAUACUUCAUGAUGCUCGUAUGGCUGUUCAUAACUUGCAGUUUUGUCAUUCCCACCAUAUUCAUGAAAAUGACAACGGAAUAUUGUUACAGUGAUGGCAUUAUUAAUGAAAGCAAUGAUGAAGUCAGUCCCGGCGCUUGUCUAAACCUGACGUGGUAUGGCAUAGGCGAACCUGGAUCAACAGUGUGUGAUGAGGCUUUACUGGUGUAUUGUCAACAGUCCGAGAAAGCUUACGUCUUUUCGUUGGUUUCAUUCCUGGCAGCUUGCUUAGCAACCCUUGGAAUGGUGAACUUCUUAAUGUGCUUAGCUGCCAAUAGCAGUCAUUUGAGGGACGGUCUGAAGCGACAAGACUACGAAAUGAAACGGAAUAUGGAGGAACAGGAAUUGUUUCACUUAACCAUGAAUAAAUCAACCGAGAGGCUCGCAACUACACCUUACUUUUGAGGAAAUAAUACCGAUAUUUCAGAAGUAGCUUUUGUAAUUGGUAGUGAUCCGGUUUCGGCUCAAGUAAAAAUUCCAGAAUUUGAUUACAAAAACAUUGCAUGUAUUUCGAAGGAAAUUACAUCAAAACACUUCCUUGAUCGAAAGACUACAUAAAGUUAUAGAUUCCAUGACAAAGUGUUUGCUGAUUAGUGGGAGACGUAGGUGGAAGGGGAGGAGAGGCAGGGAAUCAAUUAUUUAAAUCACUUUUAGAAUAUUUGAAUUUUAUAAGAAUACAAUACAAUGAAUUCCUUUAUUAAAGUGAGCAUUAAUUUGCUUUCGAAUUUUUUUGUCAGUUAACGUAUGUCCUAUCGUUUCUUGUACAUAGACCCUUAAAUUGGCUGGUAAUCAAUUUAAGUCAUUUUGUAGUCAGAUCUGUAAAUAAGAGAUUUGAUCCUUUUUAAUGCGGUAUUCAAUGUUUUCUGUGAAUUUUAUUUUGUGCAUGCUUCAUAUUCUCUAUGAAUUCCGUCCCAGUCCGUAGUUGCGCCAGCGAAUGAAGGGAUAACCUGCAUCCCCCAGUGAAGGCUACGAUACGUUGGCAGAGUUACCCAGUUUCUAUUCAGGUACGCCACUGGACCACCAUCGUGACUGCUUCAAAUAUUUUUUGUUUUAGCACUGGUGGCUAGGCAUUUUAUACAUUCUUAUGCAUUAUUAUUAUAUUAUUAUACAUGUAUUUGGAUUUAAAUAGAUGAAACUUUACAUUAAACAAUCUUAUAUCAUCGAUGUUUAGUAGCUUGUCCAUAAUUGGCUAGUAUGGAUAUCAAAACAAGCCUGGCCCCUACGUGAAGCCAAGUUUUGCAAUUUAGAAUGGACCUCGGUUUGUGAUAAGUGACCACUGGUAGUUUUUGAUUUGCGGGCGGCAAAGUUCACAGUAAUUAUGAUUUUGAACCAAUUUUGUUAUUUUUGUAUAUAGAUAAGCCUGCUUUGUUUAAUAUGAGUGCAUAAGAAUUUUCAAAACACGACCCCAGAUUUGUCGAAAGUGGUUUUGGACGGGAUAGGACGAAUCUAUUUACCUUAGUUUUGUGUUAGAUAAGUUAUCAAGCAAAUAUCUAUUUGUAAAUAUGUGACACCGAGGGCAUCUUUGCUAAUACCCUGAAGGAAUAAUUAACGCCCAACGGAAUCUAAUGAAAAUCUAAUUAAUUUUGAACGAGGUCGGUCUGUCGUUUGGGCGGUCAAUGCUUUCUCUCGGCUUGUAGGGGUUGGUAGUAUUUUUUUGGUGAAAAACUUGAUUUGUUUCUUAUUUUUCUUAUAAUCUUGAGGUCACGUUUAGGAACAUUUAAUUAAAUAAAAUAAUAAAUGAUUGAAUGAAUAAAAUAUAAAUUACUUGACUAUAAAUGAAUGAAAAAAUGAU